CUAGUCUAAUACCUUUUGAGGUUUCUUAUUGCUUCUAGAUUUAUUAUUUAAGUUGUUCUCUUUCUGUUUUCCAGGUUUGCUAUUUUGUCUUGUGCUAUGUGGGUCACGUUUCUUCACAGACGAUAAACUCUGAACAAAAAAUGAGCUUGGAGUUCUCUCCAGUUCUAUUUCAUUGUCUGACUGGCAAGAGUCAUUGUCACUUGCUGAAGAAGGUAUCGAUGUCGGGAUGGUGGGAAUGGUGAGAUUUUCUUGCUUCAGUUUGAGCUUUGUCUUGGCUUUCUUUGCAGAUCUAACAGCUGGAUCAUUGAGGGAGGAUUGUACUGGUGAAGGAAAAGAGAAAUAGGAAAAGAAAUUAAAGUCAAACGACUGAGAAAGGUAAGUACUAGGAGGAAUGAAUUUUGUGAUACACAAGAAUUAAACAAGGUUACUUUUUGCACAUGUAGUAUUUGAUAGUUUUAAAUGAUCCUGAAUUGGUUUUGAUGAAAUGAGUCGAUCCAAAGCGCGUUGUUCAACCUCCUCUGCAGUAACCUACAACAUACAUUUUUGUUACAAAUGUUAGAUUGGGGAUGAGAUUAUUUAGAUUGGAUUUUUGUGGCAACAGUUGCAAAUCCAAGCAGGGGACAAGUACAGAUUUAGAAGCGCACCUAUCCAAGGGUUGUCGAUAUUUUCACGGAGGGGGUAUGUGGUCCAACAAAGAUAUUUUUAGGGGGGGUGACCAGCCUAGAUAUUUUCAGGGGUGUGGGGUGGGUGGGUGAUUCAUACUACUGUAUAUAUACAAGGGGGUGAUCCACACUAUAUAUUUUCAGGGGGGGGUCUGGAUUUAGAAUGUCCCAUACUUAGGUAAUAUCAAAAUUAAACCUACCACCAUAGAAUCACUUGAGUCUUUAUUUUGGAUCUUUUUUAUGACAGUAUCGAUUUCAAGUUCCUGAUGAAUAACAAUACAUAUAAGUUGUAAUGCUUUGAUCUUAGUGAUAUAUAAUAUUUAUUUAUUUGAUCACAAAAUAAAGCAUCAACUUUUACGUUACUUUAAUAUACUCAAGUUCUUCAUAAAAUCUAGUUGCUUUUCUCGUGUUUUUCUCAACUUGUUGCUCUGUCCCUCUAUAAAAUAAGAAUAAAAUACUCUGUCUAACACCAGACGAUUUUACUUAUCAAGGAGAGAGUGCUGUCACUCAAUGGGUUAACUAAAUGCACAAGCAGAUAAUCUGAUUAAUCCAUUGAGGGUCAGCACUCUCCCCUUGACAAGUAAAAUUGUCUGGCAUUAGACAGAGUAAAAUAAUAUAUAUAGGGUACAUUGAGUAAUUUGGCCAUAUUGAUAAGAUGCACAAGGCAAUAUACUACCAUACCUUUUAUUUUUUAACAUUUUAAUUCUUCUUGUGAGAUGUUGUACGGCAAAGAUCUUUGCUCUCUUUAUAUCUUUCUGUAAGGCUUUCUAAAUUUGACAAAAAUCUUGUAAGAUGGAAAACUUGUUUUCAAAACAAUAAAAACACUUUUCAGUCAUGUUCCAAACAAAGUCUGGGAGAGUAGGUAAUUAAUAAUGCCCAACACUUUUUUCUUUUAGUUUUUUUAAUUUUUUUUCUUUUCCCUUGAUGAGUAAAGUCAUCUGGUGUCAGACAGAAAAAAAAUAUAAGUUCACAGAAUAGAGACCAUACAGACUACAGAAAGCCAGCCAACCCCAAGUGUAACCACUGCCAUGAUUCGCAAUAAUUACUUGGGUGACUAUGUCAACCGAGUCAUAAAUUCGGUUUGUUUGUUUUUUUCUCUGGUAUGUGAGUCGGCCAAGUAAAUGCCUACUUGUUCGUCAUAACAAUGCUGUCGCCAUUUUUCUAGCCAGUGCGGUUAUGAGAGGCAUUCACCCCCUUGAACUUGUACCAUUUUGAAUAUUUUCAGGGGGGUGAAUGGCUCUCAUAAGCCGGGUAGGACCAUGGCGACAGCAUUGCAACAGUACCUAAUAAUUAAAUAAUUUAUCCAUAUUAAGUUUAGCCAGAUUAAGCUAGGUUUACCAAUCUGGAUCAAAGGAUUAGAUUAAAAUGUGUUCACUAAAACCGUUACAGUAAUCUGCUUGGAUUUAAUAAUAUCAUAUAUGGAUUUUUACGAUUUUAUAUACUGUAUAUCGAAAUCAAAUCAUUUUUAAUACGAUCACAAGAGUUUUCCUACCGUGUUUCUAGAUAAAUUUUCAUCAUCCAUAUUUUCAGAGUCUUAGAUAUACUUGCAGAUACUUGCAAAAAUUAUCCAAGUACAGCGAUUGUAAGAAAUAGAAAGAAAAUAAAAAUAUUUACUAUAAACAACUUCAAUGUUUUCAUUUAGGCAAGCCUGCACGCCUGAUUCACAGCCUGGAUUUUAGGGUGGUGUUCACACUCCAGUCACAAAGUUUCGAGAUCAGUGGGAAGAAAAAUGGCAGAUUUAAAUCACUUUGCUGAUCAACAACAAAAUGAUUUUGGGGCCGAUCAAGAAGUAGCAGCCGUUCUUGGAGGCCGCUGUUUAGGUUAGUAUAAAGUACUUUUACUCGUUGUUUGAUUUCAUAAGUUUUGAGCAAAUAGAUAAUGUAUAUCUCCUCUGUUUGUUUAAUUGUUUACGUUCGAUAUUUGUGUAAAGUGCACGUGGCUUUUUGUUUUGAAAUGUGACAAUUAUGCACAAAGUAAAUAAACAUGUGUUUCUUUGUUAAGCAGAUGUGCCCGUACAGCGUGGUCGAUCCAGCUCCAGCAAGUCAAGCAAGAGUAGAGAUUCUGCUUCGAGUAUGGACACCGUUAAGGUUUGAGAUUUUUCAAGUUUUUAUUAAUAAUUUAUUUUAAUAUAAAAGAAUUCAAUUAUUUAUGCAUAGCUUCAAUUGAAUAGCUUCAAGUUGUAUUAUUUAAUAUUUGGAAAGCGUUCAAAUAGUUAAUUACGAUUCCUAGAAUUAUGUGUGGUUGUAGAUGCAAUGUUUUGCUAUAAAUUUGUACAGCAGAUCUGUCAGUUUUUGUCUACUUCAAUCUAUUUUCUUUCACUAUAAAUGUAUUUAUAUUAUUACAGAUAUAUUAAUUACUAUUAAAUCCUACAUUUAAAUUACUAGGUCAUGUAUUUUACAAACAAAACAGUAUACAGUUGAUAAAUGUUAUAUUUUUUUAGAUCAAAUGUGAAAAUGUGACUCCUGUUUCAGAAAGCAGCUACGACAGUGACAUUGCACAUU